UUAAUAUUUAUAAUUAAUAUCAAACAUCCGAUGUGAUAGAGACUUAGAAGUUUUAGUCCCAUCUAAACAACAUGGCCUUAUUUCCUCCAAACGAGACAGUUUCGACGCCAUAAUUGUUUCCUCGGGGCCAUUUUUACUGCAGUCUGCAGAGCAGUUACCGCCGUCGACGUGAAGUUGCCAGCCAUGGAAGGGGCGUGCCUCCGCCUCGUCGUGAACCCGCAGCAACCGACGACGCUCCUCGCCGUCUUCCUCCUCCUCCUCGUGGCCGCCGCCGUCGCGCCGCCGCACGUCCUCGCCGCCGACCACGUCGUGGGGGGCUCCAUCUGGUCCAUCCCUCCCAGGCCCGGCCUGUACAGAGCCUGGGCCGACAACCGGACGUUCGUCGCCGGCGACAACCUCGUGUUCAGGUUCGAGACGGGGAUGUACAACGUGGUGCAGGUGGGGAGGCGGGAGUUCGACGACUGCACCGCCGACGACCCCUACCGGGACUGGACCGACGGCCCCGCCGUCGUCACGCUCGGCUCCGCCGCCGUCCGCUACUUCAUAUGCACCGUCGGCAACUACUGCUCCCUCGGCGUCAAGGUGUACGUCGCCUCCCAGAAUGCGCCCUAGAUGAACCAUUCCGCUUUGCUUCUUCUGCAGUUUCUCAUUGAUCCAUAUCACAGUUUCUGAUCCAUCAUAUCAUCAUCAUUGGUGUUCGUAACCAUUAACCAUUUCGCUAUCCAUUCAGUAUCAAACUAUUUCCAAGA